AUGCAUGAGACAAACACCAUAGAGCGACCGCAGCCCAGACUUAGCACAUCGAUGGCCAUGGGGAUCAAGAACACUCUCCAAUGCGUUGUGUUCCUGAUGGCGCUCAUCAUGACCCACCUGAUACCGCCUGCCGAUGCUGAUGCAGGCAGCCCAAAAGUCGUCAUGGCUAGCUCGGGCGCUGGUUCAAGCUUCCGACUGGUAGCCCACCAUGACUAUGCACUGCGCGACGACGGCUUCCUCCAAGUCCAGAGCCGGCUGGACGACCUUCUUCCAUCGGAGGCGAACGUCAACACCCUCCGCCCACCUAUGGCCUCACCAAUCGAUAUGGCUUUCAGCGUGGUCGUUGGCUUGGGCUCGGGCAAAGGCCGGCACGACUACAACCUCAAGCUCGACGCCUCGGGUAGCCUGGUGUGGCUGCAGUGCAAGCCCUGCAAUCCGAAGCAGCCACAGCGCGGCCCCCUGUUCGACCCCAAGGCCUCGUCCACCUUCCAGCAGGUCGCCGGCACGAGCCAGAUCUGCCACCCGCCGUACCCCAUGGAGCCCGCAGGGCAGCAGUGCUCCUUCCACCUGUCCGGCGAGCACGGCAUGUCGGUGCACGGCUUCGUGGCCUUGGAGAACCUCACCAUGGGGCCAGAGUCCAUGAAGGAGUUGGUCUUCGGGUGCGCGCACUCGACGGAACACUUCAACAGCCAGCGCACCUUCGCGGGCGUCGCGGCCAUGGGUAAGAUGCCCACCUCGCUCGUCAUGCAGGUCGCGGCGCGCGGGCAGACGCAGUUCUCGUACUGCCUCUUCUCCGGCGGGGCUAGCCGGCAUGGCUUCCUCCGGUUCGGCGCCGACGUGCCUCGCCGGCCGGGCCUCCGAACAACCAAGAUCCUCCCGGCGCUGGACGCGCACGAGUCGCAGUACUACGUGAGCCUAGUGGGCAUCAGCCUGGACGCGAAGAGGCUGACGGGGGUCAGGCCGGAGAUGUUCGCCCGGCGGCACGGCGGGCAGGGCGGGUGCGUGAUUGACCCCGGCACGCCGCUGACGGUGCUGGUCCGGGAGGCGUACCGCGUCGUGGAGGAGGCCGUGUGGAGCGACCUGCGGCGGAACAGGGCGGAGCGCAUGCAGCGACAGGGCUACGGGCUGUGCGUCCGCAAGACCGUCGAGAUCAAGCGGCACCUCCAGUCGCUGUCCUUCCAUUUCGCGGAGGAGACGGCGAGGCUGGUCGUCAAGCCGGAGCAGCUGUUCACGGUGGUGGAGAGCAAGCUCCACGGGGCCGCCCUGUGCCUUGCCAUGAUCCCGGGCGAGCGGACGGUCAUCGGGGCACUGCAGCAGGUGGACACAAGGUUUGUGUAUGACCUCAAAGACGCCAAGCUGUCCUUCGUGUCAGAGCCGUGCUCUCAGGACACCGCCGGUGUGGAAUCAACUGAAUGA